CCAUCCACAGCCUCACCACCCUGAUACCAAAGCAAGAAUGACCUCCUCCCCCACCAGCCGCAACGCCGUCGACCUCCUCACCAGCCUCGCGGCCAUCAUCACCACCAUCGCGACCAACCUGCACGCCAACCGGCUCGACCGCGCGCGCCUCCGCGCCACCCUGAAGGAGUACGCCGCGCGCGCCGAGUCGGACGGCAAGCUGAUCAACGCCUCGCGGCAGUCGCAGCGGUGCGUCGAGCACGGCCUGCUGCUGGCCUACGUGCACAUGGAGUUUAUUGCGACCUUGCUGCGCUACAAUCUGACCGUCCCCGCCACCGCCGUCAAGUGGUACAGCGUACGCUCGCUGCUGCUCAAGCGCUACCGGCUCUCGCUGUUCGGGAUCGCGGCGCAGGCGCGGGACCUGCGCGCGCAGCUGGAGAAUAUCCAGAAUAAGGCCGAGUUGCUGUAUGCGGAUUUCGCGGAGGGUGGGGUGGAAAUCCCCGAGACGCCGAUUCUCUAUCGCAAGGUCACGGCUUGUGAGCCGGUUGGGGCGCCGCCGGAAGCGAUUCAUGAUCUCCUUCGUCGCGGGACCCUUGCUGAGCAGGAGUUGAGCGGGAAGAUUCCUCCUUGAUGGUGGUGAGGGGAGCUUUCCGGGGUUCUGGACUUGGAGCCUGGUCUAUUCUAUGGGAGUUUGGGCGAAAAGUCCUUCAUGAGGGAGUUCUUGCUUUCAAAGCGGGAGAUAAUUCUUGGUGGACUUGAUAUCAGGGGACUUAAUCCAGAUUGCUGGGAUUCGCCAUCACAGAUGUUCUCUCUAGCUCCUGGUAUGUAGUUCUUCUACCCUUGUUCUUCUACAUCUCACGGUGUCUUGCCCUUCAGACGCUUGGUCAGUAAUGCAAGUCGAUCGCUGUCAGGGGUGUCAAGGCCGGAGAAAUGCUGUGAGUUCUUCGCUUGUUGAUCCCCACAGCUGUUGGAUUUGAUAGUCC